GGCACAUCUGGUGCGAAAGGAUUGUUGAUGUGGAUGAGGCUGAUGAGUGGAAGUAUCAUGAGGUACUUCUUCAAAGUGGGAUGCGAUGGUCAGUAAUGGAGCUCGAACCUUACAUAAGUAAGGUGGUGCGAGAGUUCUACGCCGGACUACCACCUGAGACACCAAGUGACCCAUCACAGGUGUUUGUGGUAAGAAUCAGGGGAGCAAAGGUCCGGAUCUCGCCAGGAAUCAUCAACGAGACUCUUCGUCGUGAGCCGCUGUCUGAGGCAGAGAGGAAGGAAGAAGCAGAGGCAGAUCUUGUGCCAAUCUCCGAGGUGUCGAAGUAUCUGUCUCAAGGACAUCAGUCUGUUUGGUCCGAGCUUACUUCAAGGGAUUUUCCACCCAGGAUAGCCGCUCUGAUGGUUAUUGCGUCGUACAACUGGGUGCUGUCAACAAAUAAGCAUCAUAUCUCCGAAGAGCGAGCUAGACUGGUCUACAAACUGGCACACGGAGUCAAAGUAGACAUAGGACGGAUGAUCUUUCAGCAGAUGCUCGAUCUGAGCAAAGUGAUCAGAGGAGAUCAGAGAUGGCUGAUGUUUCCCUGUCUCAUCAGCAAGGUCAUUAAGAGACAGUUGAUUCUGCAGCUUGAAAAAGGAGAGAUGUGGAUCUUUCCAACAAAGUACAAGAAAGAUCCACGAAGCGGAGAGACAUUCCUGAAGAAAGAAGCCGCAGCUGCUGCUACAAAGGUGAGGACUAAGGGAAAGGAGAAGAAAGAGGCCCGGAAGAAGACUGCAUCAGCAUCAACGUCUCAUCAGCCUAGGACGAAUCUGCGCUCUACAGCAACUGCUCAACCAGAGAUACCAACUGAAGGAGUCAACAGCGUGAGUCUAGGAGUGAUUCGAGUGCCUGAGGCUCCAGCUGAUGCAAAGGGAAUCAGGACAGCACUUGAAGAUGUGGCAUCAGUUCUUGAGCAACUCGGGAUAGUAACGGCCAUGCUACGCGCUGCAGUCACAAGGGGAGAAGAUUGAAAUCGAUGGAUGCAUGAAUUAUAGGGGAGUUUUCGUUUGGGUUUAUUUUGGGGGUUUUAGAAUUCUGGGGGAGCAAGGAGAGAGUUUUUUUUAAGACACUGUGUUUUAUUUCUUAUCUCCUUAAACUCGUUUAUGUUAAGACUUGACACUCCAUUGAUUUCUUGGAGUUUCUUUUGGUUAAUCAGAAUCUUUUGGAAUCAUUCCCAGAAUUGUGUGUGGCUUGUAGUAUGCUGGUUGUUGCUUGUUUGGUCUCGAUUUCCUGAACAGGUACUUGUGGAGCACAUAUGCUAAAAAGGGGGAGAUUGAAGAUGCAAACAAGGCUGGAGCAGCACGUGUAGCAGUCCGACUAGCUCUGGAACUGACACGGGAAGACUUGCGGAGCAAUCUACACACGUGGAGGUGAGCUGGAAACUGAGCUGGAGCUGCAGGACUUGCUGGACACUUCAAGAGACGAGAAGCUGACGUGGAUAGGAAGCUUGGAGUAUCUUGGAGGAUAUUUGAAGAAAAUAUCAAGUUUCCUCUAUCUUAGGAGAAGAUAAGGAAGGUGAAGAUUCUCAUGAAGAUUUGGAGAAAUCACAAGGAGGAUCUAGGCGAGGAGUAGCCGCAAGUCCUAUUAUGUAUAAAUAGGCGUGUGAAAAACCGUGUAGGGUUUUUAACACAACUGAGAGAAUACUUAGCAAAGGGUGAGCGAAAAUCUGUGAGAGUUUUUGUGAGCUAGUGUGCUAAGGGAUUUGGGUGAGAGGUUCUUGAAUCACGUAUCGAUUCAAGAACAAGUGAGACUAGUGUAACAAAUCAAGGUGUGUCUUGAGGUUGCUCUAAAUCGGGUUCUGUAUACUUGUAAGUUACAAACAGAUUUACUAGUGAAAUAUCUUUGAAGAGAAAAUCCCUGAGUUGUGUUAUGUGUUAGUUCACGUAUUACUACUCUUACAUUUUCACAUGCUUGGUUUGACACCCUUUAUACUACAUUGAUUAAAAGGAUUGAUAGCCCUCAGAUCCUAAAAACUCUUGUCUAUCACAUUGAGACAAGGAUUGCUCUUUGUUUCAUCAUCUAACCGUCCAUUGAUUAAAUCCAAUGGCCAAAGAUCUAUAACUUUUUUCACCUUUUCUCCCCUUUGUCUCCUCUUCCUUCGUCUCCCUUCUCCUCCGUCUCACGCUGCUCAGUCUUCCUCGGCUUCUCCGCUAGCUUUUUCAGUUUCGGUUUUGUCUUCUCUAGAUUUUCCAUCUCCUCAUUUUCAUGGUUCCAAAUUCGUAACUGGUUCUGAACCAGAUCUAUCAAUAUUUUGUGACUGGAUUUCAGAUAUGUUUGAUCUAUUGGAUUCAAAGGUGUAUCGAUUACAGAGAUAAGAUUUGGGAAUCUAGCAAAAAGAUGGUUGGAUAUCUUCAAAGAUCUGUUCGGAUUAAAGAUUGAAACCACACUGAAAGUAUAACAAUGUUCAUAGAAGCAAUUGAUUCCUUGGACCAUUGUCUUCGUUGAAGAUGCUUUCCACCGACGAAAGCUUUUAAAUCUUCUCCGGCUCUGGUUUCACCUUUUGUGCCUAGAAAUGAAACGCGAUUACUGUAAAUCAAAUUGUUUUGUUUAAUAAUUUAAUAAAUAAAAUAUUUUCUUUUAUUAAAACUAUAUGAGAAAGCCACGGAUUAGCCAUGUAUUAUGUCGUGGCUAAGGAGUCAUGAACUUUUAAGUGACUAUUUCGUGACUAAGCUAGCCAUGAAACACUCGUGGCAAAAACGUGGUUAUGUUGCCACGAAAAAAUUUAAUCACGAUGCUAUAGACACGGUUUUUUUUCGUGGCUUUUCGUGACUAUUUCAUUGUAUAGCUACGAAAUUUAAGC